AUGGUCACCCUGAUGGAACGCGUGGGCUGGUUCGCCAUCUUCGGCACCACCAUCCAGGUCAUGCUGCUGCUGCUCUUCAUCGCCUUUGUGCAGUAUGACAACGUACCAGGAGCCACGGCGACCCGCAACGACACGCGUCACACGUGGGGCCCAGAGGGGGACGGGGGCGCGGGCCUGGACGUGUACCCCAUGUUGGGGGACGUGCAGGUGAUGGUGCUCGUGGGGUUCGGCUUCCUCAUGACCUUUCUUCGUCGUUACGGCCACUCAGCCCUCGGCCUCACCCUCCUCCUCGUCUCCUUCGCCCUUCAGAUCAGCCUCCUCAUAGACGGCGCUGCGACGGCCUCCCCCAACGGCACCGUCACCAUCACCAUCCACAGUCUGCUGAACGGUAACUUUGCGGCCGCGGCGAUGCUGAUCUCGGUGGGGGCUGUGCUGGGCAGAACCUCCCCGACUCAGCUGCUCUUCCUGACGCUAAUGGAGGUGCCUGUGUACACCCUCAACGCUCAUAUCUGCCUCAGUGUGCUGGGCAUCGUGGAUCACGGCGGCUCCAUUGUCAUCCAUGUCUUCGGCGCCUUCUUCGGGCUGGGAUUUUCCAAGUGUGUUUGCCGCAAGGCGCUGGAGCCUCAACACCCGCAGGCGUCGUCCAGCUCCACCUCAGACACCUUCGCAAUGAUAGGAUCGCUGUUCCUGUGGCUGUACUGGCCCUCCUUCAACGCGGUGUUGGUGGAGGGAGCGGCGGCGAGGAGCAGGGCUGUCCUCAACACUUACCUGGCUCUGAUGGGCUCAACCUUCUGCACGUUCAUCGUCUCCUCGUGGACACACAUGAAAAAUAAGUGGGCGAUGACACACGUACAGAACGCCACACUUGCCGGGGGUGUCGGUGCAGGCGCCGUGGCUGGGCUCAUCCUGUACCCCUGGGGUGCCCUCCUGCUGGGCUGCUUCGCGGGGGUGCUCUCCACCCUCGGCUACACUUACCUGCAGGGACUGCUGGAGGCCAAGCUUGGCCUGCAGGACACGUGCGGCGUCCUGCACCUGCACGGCCUGCCGGGGGUCUUCUCGGCGCUGGUGUCCAUCGGCUCGGCGCUCUUUGCCUCGCACACCACCUUCGGCGACGAACUGUUUCACCUGUACCCGCUCCUGGCCCCGCCCAACGCAUCCCUCAUCCUGGAAAUGAACGUCGUGGCGCCUGGGCCAGGGGAGGGCCGCUCGGCCGUCCACCAAGCCUUCUUCCAGUUGCUGGCCACGGGCAUCACCCUCCUGCUGGCCCUGGUGAGCGGCGCCUGUGCCGGAUUGCUGGUGACCUUCCCGGUCUGCCAGCCCCUGACGCCGCCCCAGCAGUACAGCGACGCCCUCUGGUGGGACGAGGCGGAGGAAGACGAGCCAAAAACCCCGACCAUGGACGUGGACUUUCCAAAGCUGUUCAACGUCCAGGUUCGACAUGGGGACACAGGACGAGGGGAAAGUCACAUCAGGAAUGGAAUGUGAGCCACUCACGGCGGUGCUGAGUUGGAAGGGUCGCGGGGCAGUUCAGUUCAGCUCCGAUAAUAAGGAAUGUGCCUCCUUAAAAAAAAAAGCUCCCAAUGAUAUUUUAAUAUUAUUAUCAAUUUAGUUUGUGUAUAGCGCACACUGGUACUUUAUGACUUUAUAUCCUUUUGCCACAGUAUUUGAGGUUCUCUUUUUCCUCUCUUCGUUUUCAGUAAGUAGACAGACACUGCUGGUGAACGAGGAUGUUGAAAAAUAGUAAUUUUGUGUUUGUUUCUUCUUUAUUGCCGGGUGUGUGGUAGGUCUAGUGGUGCUGGUACAAUCUCUGAAGUUGUCUGUUCACAGCCUAUGGUGACUGGGUGUGCACGGCCGAAGGUUGCCUGAUACCAAACGUCAACAUGUUAUUAUUUUAUUGGUAUCGCCGGGCCAGUAGUUGAUCACCUUGGGUGCUAGAACCCCAGCGAUGGCGAAACAGAUUGCAAUGGAUGCUGUGAAUGGGCAUCAGUUAAUACAGUGCACUGAGGCAGGACUGUUAGUGUCUUGGAAGAAUUACUUUUUGGGCAUAAACUAACGGUAUUACCAAUUUUCUGAUGAAUUUUACCCUUAUCGUUACAAAUUUAACAAAAUACAUCAUCAAGCAACAACUGUCUUUGAGGUGCUAAAGGUAAUGCAGUUUUCAAAACCAAACUAUAUGGUGUUACGAGCAAACCAAGCCUGCCUCCAGGGGUGCCAGACUGUGAAUGAUAAUUAUUAUACUUGAACAAGCAUGGGCAUCAAGCUCAGAAGAGAUCAAAUGCUGUCUGAUGGUGUCUGUUGCUGAAUAUCAUUUUGAAUUCAGCAGAGGCAAAAAUUGAUUUUGUAGAAAUCGUCCGCCACGGACAUGAGUAAAGUUUGGAUUAUCCGCUGCAGCUGCUGUAACGUCGGCGCUCAGAUCUGCCACCUGAGUCCCUGGUGCGCCGGGACACAGGGCCAGUGUGACACGUUGCCUUCCCAAGGUUUCCACAGCAACCCUUUUAUCAACCAGCCCAAAAGGGAGGAUGAAGAGCUGGGUGCCGACCGCCCCGACCAGGAUAAAUUAAGGUCCUGCGGCUUCAUAGCCGGGCCCAGCCACCACUCGCAGUUAGCUGCCAUUCUCCCUCCAGUGAGCGUGUUGGUAUGUUGUAAAUCUCCCUCGAACCAGGGGCAGUAAUGUUUUGUUUAGCUAUUUAAAAAAAUAAUAAACGGAGGAGAAUGCAUUAUUCUCGCUGUUUUAUUGCUUUUACAGUAAUUUUAACAAUUUGGAAAUUUUGAAAAACGGCAUAUCAAUUUUAGUAUAAAACAAUGUUAAGGCCACUGGGGCCUCCCCGGCCCCCUGUCACCCGCGCAGUGUGGGCUGCCCAUACAACCGUUUUGUACACAACCGCUGAUGUGCAUUCAGGCUAACACCAGGACCUCUGGGAAUGGAGAGGAAUCAUCUUAUUAUCAUUGAUAUCCGUACAGACUCAUUAAUGA